UUGCAGAAUCAUCCGGACUUUGAAGCACUCAAAGCGCGCUAUUACCGUAAUCUCUUCGACACUGGCCAGGAAGGAAAAGCUGCGGAGAUAUCGGAACGUGAUGGUGAUUUGCUAACAGCUGUUGAUCUGUACUUGAAAGCAAACCUGAGCGCUCAGGCAGCACUUCUUCUUCUUUCCAAUCCGAAGCUUCUUUCCAAAAACGACUUAGUGCAGAAAGUUGCCGCUGCAACUACACGCUCGGGACUGUUUGAAAAGGCAGGGGAACUGUUCGAAGCAACGAAUGAUUUCGAACGAGCUUUGGAAAGUUACCGCAAGGGAAGUGGCUAUGCAAAAGCAAUUCAGCUGGCACGAAUUCACUAUCCGGAGAAAGUCGUUUCUCUGGAAGAAGAAUGGGGUGAUUGUUUAGUUGCGGAAGCGAAUUACGACGCAGCCACCAAUCAUUUUCUAGAAAGCGGAAAAACGGCAAAAGCACUUGAUGCUUCCAUCAAAGCCAAACAGUGGGACAAAGCAGCGCAAAUUGUUGAUGGACUCGAGGACAGCAGCCUGGCAAAGCAGUAUUAUGGAAAAAUUGCUGACCAUUACGCAACUGUCGGCGAUCUAGAACGAGCGGAAAUGCUGUAUAUUGAAGCAAACAUGCGAAAAGAAGCCAUCGAAAUGUAUAAUAAAGCUAAUCGUUGGACCGACUCAUAUCGAGUAAGUGUCCCAUCAGAUCAUGAGUUUUUAAUUCGAAUAUCGAUCCUAACAUUAAAAAAUUAUUUUCCAUCAGUUUCCCUACAGAUUAAGGGCAGAAAUCAUGACUGGGUGUGUGUAUGCUUGUAUGUGGAUGAGUGCGUGCGCGCAAAUACGUACAUGCGGAUAAGUGCAUGUGAGUAUGUGUGUGUGUGUGUGUGAGU